UUAUGUUCCGUUUUUGCUGUGUUUUAGUAUCGUUAUCGACAUUGUCUAAUGUUUUACUUGUUUCAAUUUAGUGUUCAGUUAUAAUUGUAGUUGAUUUUCAUCUAUUAAAUUGCAUUAGUAGCAAACGCGAACAAAAUUUAUUUUUAUUCCCGUUAAAACAUAUCCACGGAACAAAAUGAAUCGUAUAUUUGGAAAAUCCAAAGAAAAAGCCCCUCCACCAGACAUGGGCGCCGUCAUAAAAGGAGUAGACGAACGUGCUGAAUCGGUUGAACAAAAAAUAAAUAGACUUGACAAGGAAUUGAAAAAACUUAAAGAUCAAAUGGCCAAAAUGAGAGAAGGCCCAGCCAAAAAUUCGUUGAAACAAAAAGCUUUAAGAGUUUUAAAACAAAGGAAACAAUAUGAAAGUCAAGCUGAAAACUUAAGAAACCAAUCAUUCAACAUGGAGCAAGCAACUUAUGCAGUUCAGUCAUUAAAAGAUACUCAAUCUACUGUUGUAGCAAUGAAAACUGGAAUGAAGCAAAUGAAAAAAGAAUUUAAGAAUAUUAAUAUAGACGACAUAGAGGAUCUCCAAGAUGAAAUGGCUGAUAUGUUAGAUCAGUCAAAUGAAGUUCAAGAAGCAUUAGGUCGAACAUAUGGAGUACCAGAUAUUGAUGAAGAUGAACUUAAUGCAGAACUUGAAGCAAUAGGUGAUGAAUUAGCUUUGGAUGAUGAUACAUCUUAUCUGGAUCAAGUCAAUGUUCCAGAUAAAGAUCCUGGAGGACAAAAAGAAAAAGAGCCUAGUAAACCUGGUGAAAUUGCAGUUGAUGAAUUUGGUUUACCAAAGAUACCAGCACAGUUUUAAGGACCCAUUAACACCAUUUAUAAGAUCAAGCGUUAUUUAUAUAAUUUUAUUUGUGUAAUUUUUUGAAGUUUAUUUAUUUUAUUAUCAUUUAUCACCAAUUAUGAAUGAAUUACAUUUAUAUACAUAAAUAAUUAAAAUAAAUUUGCAAUUAACUUAAGUACUGAGAUUAAUCUUUAGUUAUAAUUAUUGCAAAUAUUGAGUUACAUGACGAUCAGCAUUACUGCAGAUAAGACCUUGUGUUACUGAUAAUUUGUUUAUUUCAGUGUUGAACAUACAUAAUAACUGAUAAAUAUACUACUCUAUCUAGUAAUACAGAAUUAUUUUUGAAUAAAAAAUUUGCUAAAGUA